GGAGGGCUGGGGUAGAAUUAUCAUGGCGGGAUGCAUGAAAAUGGUAAACGGUUACAUCUCCACAAGUGCUAAAUUAAUGCUUUUAAUGGUGCUCCUAAUCUAUUUACCUCAAUUCUCACACCAGGAUACGGGUAGCAAACAUUCAGUUAUUGAUCUGCAGGAUGGAGAGGAGCUUCUCAUGUCAGGGUCCAACCGGUUCUGUUACAAAAACUCUAUUUUGCCAACAUGGAAACAAACAUGGACAAAAAUCCAGGUCAAAGUGUGGAGUUCAAAAGUGUUUAAGGUGGAAACUGUGGAAGGUGAAGAGGAGCUGCAGGAGCUGGAUCGCUUCAGUCUCUGGGCCUGGUUUCAGAGCUUGCUGCGCGAGAAGCACAAUGAAACUACUAUUAACAUCAGCUUGUUCAGCAAGAAGACGUGCUUCAAGGUUGAUCCUACUGAAAAAACUCAGUACACUGUCAAACCCCUUCACAAGUUUGACACCUAUCUGUUUUUGGUAUUCCUCGCUGGGACAUUGUUGUUUGUCUUUGCAGACUCUCUCAGCAGGAGUCAACUUUUCUUCUACUCUGCUGGCAUGAGCACAGGCAUGAUUGCCUCUCUAAUCAUCCUCUUUUUCAUUCUGGCACGCUUUUUGCCAAGGAAGAGCCCGUUUUAUGUGCUGAUAGUUGGUGGCUGGUCAUUCUCUGUGUACGCCAUCCAGCUUGUCUGCAGGAACCUCAGCAUUAUUCUGCGAGAGCACUGGCAUGCAGCAUUAGGUUACAUAGGGGUGGUGGGAUUCAUCAGUUUUGCUGUGUGUUACCGCUAUGGUCCUCUGGUGGAUGAGAAGAGCAUAAACAUCCUGUCGUGGACGCUGCAGCUGUUUGGUCUGCUCCUGAUUUAUUUAGGAAUUCAAAUUCAGCAACUUGCUUUCGCUAUCAUUGUGGCAGCUUUGAUCUCCAAACAUCUGGAAUACCCGAUCAUGCUGGCAGUUUCUGCAUGGAGGAGAAUCUGGAGGUUUGUGUACUGGAAGCCAGAGCCACGUCGCCUUUUGACUGAGGAAGAGUAUCAGAAGCAGGGGGAGGAAGAGACUCGCAGAGCUCUGGAGGAGCUGCGGAAACACUGCAACAGCCCAGAGUUCAGCCCAUGGAAGGCAGUGUCCAGGCUUCAGUCCCCAAAAAGGUUUGCUGAUUUUAUUGAAGGAUCGCCUCACCUGAUGCCAAACGAGGCGUCUGUCCACGCACAGGAAUACGGUUUUGGAGGGUCUUUCUUUGAGGAUGAAUUUUUUGACACGGAUGACGAGGAAGAAGAUUUCGUACCAAAGAUGCCGAAACCAGAGUGAGACCCCACAGUGUUGGAGACAAAAAAUGAUGGUUAAUGCCUUUCAGAAAGGUGGUGGGAAAAGAGCUCUCUGUGGCUGUCCACGCCGAAUGAUCACAGUCGGGGCUGGAUUGAGAAUCUCCAUGGACUGAAUUCCAGGGUCAUGAGAGCCAUUUUGCAUGUUUCCAAUGAAAAACAAACAAAAAACUGACAAUCACAGGCACAACAAUGAGGUCAGAUUUGUUUUUUAAAAAAAAAAAAAAAAAAAAAAAGAUAAAAGAAAAAGUGCCAUGAAACCAGAUCUCCUCUUUUUCUAAGGAAACAGAGGCUUCUUCUACAAAAGAAGUCACAAAUACUCUGAUCAAGACAAGUUGGUCACUUUGUGUUUUCGUUACUUGUAGCUUAGAAAAGGUUUGAGUUUUGUAAACAUGUUGUCUUGCUCACUGCAUAGAGAACGUCCAGAUUGUGUGUUUGUGUGUCACUGUGUUAUAUUCUCACCUGUGAACAGCAGCCUCACACAGUGGUAUUAUUCUAACUUUCUGUUUGGGGAGGAAAAAACAGUUGGGUCACAUUUCUUUUCCUCUUGUUAUAUCAAGUUUAGUAGACAUGUCACUGGAAGUGUCCUAAAAUAUUUUUGAAUAAAAAAAAAAUCUAUUUUUUAACUUUAA